UUGGCGCAGUGGAGGAAAAUGUGUCAGUUCGCAUCGAGCCGAAGGGGACCCGCCGCCGGCCGUCAACUGCGUCGCGCUGCUGCUUUGCACUCCUCUUUUUAUUUGCGUUUUUUGGCCGUACUCAUUAUAGAAAAAAAUAUAUUGAUAUACUAAAAAUAAUAAAACUGCGGAGGCGCUAUAGUUGGGGGUGCGCGGCGUUGAACCUUUUCCGGCCGGAGGUAUCGGGGGUGACUGUGCCCGAUCAUUUCCCGCAGGUUCACGCAUGCAUAGCGCGGACGGCCGCGCGGAGAGAGAGGAGUGUACUGUCCCCUUAGCCGUCCUUGCGUGCCACGCAUUUCAAGGCUGGCACUGGGUUCACAAGAGGCGGCCGCACACAUCACUCUCCUAAUCUACGUACGCCGCCCAUUGGGUUCCUGAGAGAGCAGAACUCAAGGCCCUCCCUCAACUGGAGGACGUGGUCGCUAUGGCAACUAUGGUUACCCCAGAGCCACUUACUCCUCUCUCCCGGUGGUACCUGUAUGCCAUCCAUGGCUACUUCUGCGAGGUGAUGUUCACAGCUGCCUGGGAGUUUGUGGUUCACUUCAACUGGAAGUUCCCCGGCGUGACCAGCGUCUGGGCGCUGUUCAUCUAUGGCACGUGCAUCCUGAUUGUGGAGCGCAUGUACCUGCGGCUGCGUGACCGCUGCCCCGUGCUGCUGCGCUGUGUCAUUUACACACUCUGGACAUACUUGUGGGAAUUUGGCACGGGGUUUUUGCUGCGCCAGUUCGACGCCUGUCCCUGGGAUUACUCCCAGUUCCGCUACAACUUCAUGGGGCUUAUCACGGCCGAGUAUGCUCUGCCAUGGUUCUGCGCCUCUUUCAUAGUAGAGCGGCUGGUCAUCCGUAACACCCUGCGGCUGCGCUUUGAUGAGCAGGCCGACCCGGGCACCCGGCCUGUGGGCACUGCCAAUGGGUACGUCAAGGUGGACUGAGAAUCUCCUCUCAGCUCCAUCCUCCCACACCCCACCAAAUCCCACCCUCUCUACCUGAAAUACUGAAGAACAUGGCGACUCGGGUGGCUGGGAUGGGGAUGAACAUGCUCAAUGACGCAAAGGAGCAACUCACCAUUGAGAACAGAUAUCCACUUCAUGUCUUUGAAGGAAGGACCCUCCAGCUGUUUUUCAUGUCCCGGACACAGCUCUCUGCCUUGCCCAUCUCACCCAACCAACUGGGUCGCCAAGGGAAAGGAUACCUCGAGCAGUUCUGGACUUGGUGAACCGAACGCUAAGAAGGUUUGCACCUGAUAACAUCAGGCUUCUGCCUUCUGCCAGUUAACUGUAAUUACAGUG